AUGGCUCGUACAAAGCAAAUCGCUCGCCGCUCUACUGGAUCUUCAACGAAUCCCAUGAUGCCGAAGACCACUCCUCCAGCAGGAAUUGUGAAGGUAGCUCGUACCUUGGGAGGUGUGAUGAGACCCAGCCGCCACAGACCAGGAACCGUCGCUCUGCGAGAAGUUCGGCGAUAUCAAAAAUCCACCGAGCUCCUCAUUCUCAAGCGUCCCUUCGAACGUUUGGUUCGCGAAAUAGCACAAGAUAUGAAGACAGACUUUCGCUUCCAAUCAUCUGCCAUUGAAGCUCUCCAACACGCUUCCGAAGCGUUUCUAGUGGAACUUUUUGAGCUCACCCAGUUAUGCUCAAUUCACGCCAAGAGAGUCACCAUCACGAAAAAUGAUAUUCAAUUGGCCAGAAGAAUCAGAGGAAUUUAA